AUAAUAGUAACACAGGCCACGCCAAUUGGCUUUGCUGUUUAUAUUGGGCCAUUACAACGUACACGUAAAUUCUCUCUCCUUCUCUUUCUCUCUCACUCUCUCUCUCUUCCUCGCCCUUGCUUUCUUCGCCGGGAACCUCCGUCAUCGAUCGAUCCUGCAGACCGUCUGAUUGCUGCAAAUGGAACCUGCCGAGGUAGUAUUUUUGGUUCGAUUUACCCAUUAGUCGCCGUUUUGGUUUUUGUGGGAGGGUGCUUCUUGGUUAGGCUGGGUCAGAUCUGGUUGUUUUUUACUAUCAUAUUUUGAUAUGAGGAGAGAUUUAGGUUUUUGUAAUUUGUUUAUUUGGCGUCUAUUUCUCAAUUUGGGAUGGUUUUGAGCGGAAUUUUGAAACUACAGUAGUUUUGGGUGUUCUUCUCUGCGGGGAUGGAAGAGGGAAGAAGAUAUGGCGACCCAUCAGGGUUUAUGGUGAAGAAUAAGAGCUCCUCUGGUUGUCUGAUUAUGAGAAAAAAGGGCAAUGACGGUGUAGGAGGAGUGGGCUCUUCUGGCUCACGUAAGGUUUUUGGGUCCAAGAAGGAAAAGAAGAGAGCUAGGAUGGAUAUGAGCGAUUCAGGGUCUAGCGGUGAGCUGCUAAUGCCACCUCGAAGAAAGAUAGGCUCUGAAACUUUACGGGUUUGCAAUGGUCUUUAUGAUAAGGGUAUUGUAGAACAGAAUGAUAUUGGUAGGAAGAGGAGUAGGGAAGAGAUUGCUAGGAGUAAUGAGGUUGAUGUGAUUGGUAGAAAUGGGGACGAUUUCAGUGAGAGGAUGAGGAAUAGGUUAGAUGAGUUUGACUUUGACGACUACGGUGGGAAUGAUGGAGAAAUGAUGAGGAGGAAGCGCUUUGAUGAAGAUGGGAAGGAAGGAAGGAGGUUUUUUGGGUCAAUGAUGCUGGGGAGAAGUGGCAUUGGAAGGGAAUACGAGAGAAGUGGCAUUGAAAGGGAAUACGAGAGAAGUGGCAUUGAAAGGGAAUACGAGACAGGAUCGACUAGACAUCCUAUUGUUGAUAGAAGAAAGAGUUCAUAUUUUGGGAGGACAAGCAGGCUAAAUUGGAGGGACCAUGGUGACAGAGAUGGGCCUCAUCCAUCUACGUCAUUUUAUAGGGAUAAAUACGAUUCUGAUGAACCCAUUAGGGUUCAGGGGAAAAAUGGUGUUUUAAAGGUAAUGGUGAAUAAGAAGAAGGUGGGUGGGUCUUUGAAAAGUUAUGGCCUCUUGGAAGCAGAGGAAAAGAGAAAGGGUUUGAGGAUUGAAGAUACUGUCAAGAAGAAUGUUCUAAUCCAUCCUCUGUUCUAUCCAGAGUCUAAAAGUGCUGACAAAGCAAGUUCAUUUGUUCGGACAUUGGAAAAACCAGUGAAUAUGCCGAAAUCAUUGUCAACUAAGAACUCAUCUACUAGGAACAGUAAGGUCAGAGAUCAUGAUUCAGAAGAUAGUGAUGCAUCUUUAAAAUUGGGACUGAAUGAUAUGGAGGCUUGUAAUUCUUCAAAAACGCCAUUGCCAACUAAGAAUUUUAAGGGCCGUGGGGUACAUUCAGUGGACAGUGAUACAUCAUUGAAACUGGGGCUAAAGAAUACAGAAGCUCAUAAAUCUGUGAAAGGGGCAAGCAGUGGUGCUGAAAUAACAACAUGCAAUCAGCUUCCAUCUGCUAGAGUUAAAGAAGGGAAAGUUAAGCGUGGCACUGGCACAGAAAAGCAGAAGUUGCGUGAACGGAUCAGGGGAAUGCUUCUGAAUGCAGGCUGGACAAUAGACUAUAGACCAAGAAGGAACAGAGACUACCUAGAUGCAGUUUACAUAAACCCCACAGGAACAGCUUAUUGGUCCAUCAUCAAGGCAUAUGAUGCACUUCUGAAGCAAUUAAAUGAUGAGGAAGAGGAGGCAAAAUCUAAGGCUGAUGGUUCUCCAUUUACACCACUAUCAGAUGAGGUGCUUAGCCAACUAACAAGGAAGACUCGGAAGAAGAUGGAGAAAGAAAUGAAAAGGAAGCGAAGAGACAGCAGCGACAGUGAGAAUGCACAAGAAACUGCAGCAAGAAAGUCUUCAAGUUCCAGGCAUGAUGAGGAAAGCAUAGACAGUGGCAGCCAUGGAGAGAAACUGACCUCCUCCAUGAAACAGGGUAGUAAGUCAUUGAAGAGUGGAACAAAUGGCAACAGUUCUCUCAAUGUAAACACAGAAGGUGAAAGUUCCAUCCCUCAUUUGCAUGAUGGCAUGGAGAAAAUGCCAUCUGGAUCCAAUUCUCAUCAAGGACGGAAAAGUAGAAAGCUUGGCAGAUGUACUUUGUUGGCUCGGAAUUCUAAUGAAGGGCUAAACUCAGAGAGUGAUGGGUUUGUUCCAUAUGCUGGCAAACGCACAGUGCUCUCCUGGCUGAUUGAUUGUGGAUCUGUGCAGUUGAGCCAAAAGGUGCAAUACAUGAAUCGUCGACGAACAAAAGUAAUGUUGGAGGGCUGGAUUACUAGAGAUGGUAUUCAUUGUGGCUGCUGUAGUAAAAUCCUCACAGUUUCAAAGUUUGAGAUCCAUGCAGGGAGCAAACUACGCCAACCAUUUCAAAAUAUAUAUCUUGAUUCUGGAGUUUCCCUUUUGGAGUGCCAGAUUGAUGCAUGGAAUAGACAGGAGUCGAUUGAGCACAUUGGUUUUCAUUCUCUUAACAUGGAUGGUGAUGAUCCAAACGAUGAUAUGUGUGGACUCUGUGGUGAUGGAGGGGAUUUGAUAUGUUGUGAUGGUUGUCCAUCAACAUUUCAUCAGAGCUGCCUUGGUAUACAGAUGUUGCCCCCAGGUGACUGGCAUUGUCCACAUUGUACAUGCAAAUUUUGUGGGAUAGCCAGUGAAAAUAUUUCUCAGGGAGAUGGUGAUGGUGCAACUGCUUGUGAACUUCUUACUUGCAGCAUGUGUGCAAAGAAAUAUCACAAAUCAUGCAUACAGGAGAUUGAUGCUCUUUCCAUUGAUACCAAUCCAUCUUUCACAUGUUUUUGUGGGAAGACAUGUAGAGAGCUUUUUGAGCAACUGCAGAAGUAUAUUGGGGUAAAAAAUGAACUUGAAGCGGGAUUUUCUUGGUCUCUCAUCCAUAAAACAGAUGUAGACUUGGAUAUACCUCCCCAGGGACUUUCUCAAAGAGUAGAGUGCAAUUCGAAGUUGGCUGUUGCUCUAUCUGUUAUGGACGAAUGCUUUUUGCCUAUUGUUGACAGGAGGAGUGGGAUCAACUUAAUCCAUAAUGUUCUUUAUAACUGCAGAUCAAACUUUAGUCGGCUGAAUUUUAGUGGUUUUUAUGCUGCUAUUUUGGAGAAGGGUGAUGAAAUCAUUUCUGCUGCAUCUAUCAGGUUUCACGGAACUCAGUUGGCAGAAAUGCCGUUCAUUGGAACAUGCCAUAUAUAUAGGCGUCAAGGGAUGUGCCAUCGGCUUUUUUGCGCCAUUGAAUCGGCACUCUGCUCCCUGAAGGUUCAGAAACUGAUUAUCCCUGCAAUUUCUGAACUUGCUGAUACAUGGGCAAAGGUUUUUUAUUUCACCACUCUCGAUGAAUCGCUCAAGCAAGAAUUGAAGUCCAUGAAUAUUUUGGUGUUCCCUGGUAUAGACAUGUUACAGAAGCAGCUGUUGGAUCAGGAAAAUAUUGAUGGGAACUGGACUACCAGCCCAGGUGCAAAAAGAAGGGAAUUCAAAGACGGUCAAAGUAUCAUACUUGAGGCGGCAGUUAAAUCUGAUAUUGAUUCUUCAACCAUGCAAGAUGAUCUUAAUGAGUGUGAUAAUGGUGGUUUGGAAUGUAGCAGUGGGACUAAUGAUGAAUUGGCUGCCACAAAUUCUGGUUCCCAAUCUUUUGAUUCAGGGGAUAAGUUAGAUGAAACUGCUUUGGAGAAGAAAAGUCAAUGCAUCUCUAGCACAAGCCAUGAUCUGGACAAGACAGCCAAUUCAGAUUCUCCUGGUGGUGAUAAUUAUCAGUCCUGUAUUCAGGGUGAUGGGUCUCCAACAAAUUCUGAUUCCCGAUGUCUGGGUGUUUCCUUAGAUGAUACUUCUGUGAUGAGCAGUCCUUUAGUUGCUUCUGAUGAACUUAAAACUCUAGUUUCGAUUAAUAGGAAUACAUGUGCUGAUUCUGAUUCAGGCAACAAGUUAGCGGACUUGACAUCUAACAAGAAAUGUCUUAUUAACUCUGAUCCAAGAGGUGAUAGAGAGGAGGAAAACGAACUGGAAGCGGGUUCUCCUGUUAUUGAUAAUAUUCAGUCUUGUGAAAAGGGCAAAAUUGGGGAUGCCCGUGCAUUAAAUCUAAACGAGUAUACUUCUGAUGAACUUAGAAUCUCAAUUGAAGAAGGCACUAAACCAGUUGAUUCUCAAUAUGAGGUUGAACUAGCUUUCAAGGGGAAACGUCAGCUGGACUUGGGUGCAAAUAAUAGUGCAGCAGAGAUGCUAGCCAAGUCCGCAAUGGAUUCUCACAAUGAGGAUAAAUCCCAUUCUGGCCCAGAUGAUAUACGCACAAUAAAGGUUGAUGUGGCUGGUCUUGAAGCGGUACCUUCCACAACAGGAACAACAGUUGAUAACUGCAGUGAGAAGGUUGAUGAAGUUCCUAUUAUGUCUGUUUCAAUGUCCAAUGCUGCUGAUGAGAGUUCAUGCAAGUUAACUUAGAUCCAAAUGAUGAAAUAGCCCGUGGGAGCGAAAGCAAAUUAGAUGUGGUUUCAGAAACAGUGUCUGAAGCAAAACAUUGUGAAGUGAGUGCUCUACAUGCUCAUGCAGAUAAUUUCAGGACUAACGUGAGUGAAGGGAAAUCUGAAUCAUGCUCCAUUUGAUGCUUUUCUGAACAUUUGUGUUCGUUCACUUUGCCGAUUUUAUACUCUAUCAACGUGGAAUGCAGCGACUGUGCAUGAGCGUUAGGGCACCGGUGCUGUUGUCUUUGAUGUUAGCAAGAAAUUAUAGGCUUCCGAUGUAAAGUAAUUAGUUCUGCUGUGUAUGAUUUUGAAGGCUCUGGUUUAACCCUCGAACAUAUCAAAAUUAACUCGGUGCUGACACCAUCAAAUCAGGUUCUUGGCCGGUGUAAUUAGUGCCAUGUGAGCUUGACGUCUAAGGAGAAGAUGUUUUUGUGAAAAGACAUCUCGUGGAGGUUGUUGGGCAGAUGCUUUGAAUUUUGCUGGUCAAUAUUCUGAUGUCUGUCAGCGUGUACAUAUCCGGACCUGCCAUGUUCCACAAUCAUAAUUUCUGUAGAAGUCUUGUAUUAUUUCAUUUUUAUGUAGCAAAGUCCUCCAUAUCCAUGGUAACUUGUCACAUGAGAUAGGUGGUUGCAGACAGAUUUUGAAUAGCAUUUUUCUUGUAAUUAUAACCUUCUUUCUAUAUGCCAGCAUUUGUUCAUAUAAUUCAUAUCGGCUGCAAGUUCUGCGCUUAC